AUGGCGCCGCCAGACGCCAACCUUGAUCUCUCUGCCUCUCCACCAGAGGCGGUGGAGGUGGAUAACAACAGCCCCUUGCCCGACGUCAUAAUCCACCAUAUCUUCUGCUUCUUGCCCUUCAAAGACCUGGUGAAGACAAGCGUGUUGUCCAAGCAAUGGCGUUUGGCUUGGACCUCCACUCCAUACAUCAACCUCUCUUUCCCCUCUCUCCCCUCAAGGCGUGUCGCUCUUUUGAUCAGCAGUGCACUGAGUCUCUGCACAGCUACUAAGGUAGAGAAGUUCCAUCUUGAUGCUGGUUCGUACAUCCCCACUGAACUCGAUGGGUGGUUUCGCUUUGCGGCGGCGCGCCAAGUGGAAGACGCGUCAGUGGUCUUUAGACGCUCAUGCAUGGUACCUCGAAUCCUGUAUGAUUUCACGUCCCUGGUGAGCUUGCGAGUGUCGAAUGGUUUUUUUCCAUGGGAUUUUAGCGUCCACUGGCCUUCACUUAAGAAACUGUGCAUUCAAGGGAUUUUAGCAUCCCCUGGUCUUUGGGAUAACGAUAGGAUUACGAAAAUCAUGAAGGGGUGCCCUGUUCUUGAAUCUCUUACGUUGCGCUCCUCCCCACUCGAGAGUUGCCUCCUCCGGAUUGACUCAAGAUCUCUAGAAGAGUUGGUGAUUGAAGCCGAUCAUAUUUUGUCGCUCAGUAUUUUGGCUCCGAAUCUGCUUUUAUUGCGUUUGUCGGGUGGAUUUGUCUUCUGCCCCUGCCUAAUGAGAGUACCUUCACUAGCAGAGGCAGAGUUGAACUUUCACAAGCCAACUGCUCUACGUUGGAAUUUUCCUAACGACUUUAAGUCACAUCUUUUAAAGCUGCAACACGUCACGAAAGUCACAUUCGGAAGCUGGUGUCUUCAGGUACGAGUUGAUUUUGUUGGGUCUUUCUUCCUGGGUUCUAUCAACAACGGCGGUAAAGGGAUGGCCGUACCUGUCAUUGAGAUGGCGAAAUAUUGUAGUGUAUACUACAGUUUGUAA